CAGGGCGUCCGCAGCCCCCCUCCUUCAGACUGGAAUGUGUCAGAGCUGCCGCCGCCCUGGACCUACGAGACUUAGCCCGCCUGCAGCUCUCUAACAGUACACUCGGACUAAGAGAGAGGCAGGCGAGCGAUUGAGUUGAGCAGAACGAUUGUAUCUUUUCGUUUAGCAGCCACGUCUAACUCAUACUACACCAUGUACGGGGCACGUUUGAGGUUGCCCUGCAGUUUCUCUCCGGCAACGCUGGCUAGCAUCCAAGCCGGGCCUGCCUCCGGGGUGACGUGGUGGGCCAUGAUGUCGGGGGCGCCCUACGAGGACUCGCCGCCGCCGCACGCCCUGUCCACGCCGGUCACCUCACCGGGGCCGGUGGCGACGGCGGCCGUAGUGGCGCCCCCGCACACCCCAUCCCUCGGCGGCAACGCGUCGUCGGCGGCCUCGUCCGCAUCGCCGCCCACCUCGGCGGUGCCUCCACCCCCGACGUCGUCGGCGCCCGCCACCCCCAUCCACAUCCCGGCCAAGCGGCCGUCCACCGGCGGCGGCUACUCGGACUGCGGGGGCGGCGUCGGCAGCAACGACUCGUCGUCCGUCAUCCGGCAUGGCCACACGCAGCCCUGGAGCUACCCCGGCGCCGACAUGGAGCAGCCCCACUACGGCGCGCCGACGUACUACAACCUGCCGGAGCAGGGCAGGGACUCCAGGAAGGCCGUCUUCUGGUCACCGGCGGCCGCCUCGGCCGCGCCGACGCCCACCCCUGAGUACAAGUACUCGGUGACGGCGGGGGGCGGCGCGCCGGAGCAGCCCGGCUUCGCCCAGGCGUGGUGCAACUACCCGGCCUACGCGGCGCCCAGGCACCACGCCGAGGCCGCCCACUACCUCGGCGGCGACGAGAGGCGGGGGAUGGACACCACGGCCUUCUCCAGCCACGACUCGUACUCCCUCCGGAACUACCAGGAGACGGUGCCCACCACCACCUACCCGCCUCCAGGUCAGUCUACAGGUUCGCUGGGAGUGACCUGCGGCUCGGGGCCCAACCCGCUGGAGUGGACGGGCCAGGUGACGGUGCGGAAGAAGCGCAAGCCCUACUCCAAGUUCCAGACCCUGGAGCUGGAGAAGGAGUUCCUCUUCAACGCGUACGUGUCCAAGCAGAAGCGGUGGGAGCUGGCGCGAAACCUCAACCUGACGGAGCGGCAGGUCAAGAUAUGGUUCCAGAACCGGCGGAUGAAGAACAAAAAGAACUCGCAGCGGCAGGCGGCGCAGCAGAACAACAAUUCGAGUUCGGCCAGCAACAACAAUCACCAUCACCACACUAAUCACCACCCCGGGCACCACACGGUGGGGGGGCCCACCCACCCAACCAACGGGAUAGCAGUCAAGCAUCAUCAGUGACAUACGCCUUACCCUGGCGUGGGGCACGGCUUUAGCCACCCACACCAGGGCAUGGUGUCGUAGAGCCGCUCGACUACCCGCGAAACGAAAGAGCUGCUCUGGGCACCCCAGAAAGGACGUUCGUGACGGCCAGCGUCACCACUCUUAUUUAUAUGUAGUUUGUCAUUUCGAAACUGAGUACAAAUAAUAGUGCGGCCGCGGGGGCAGGGGCGCUAGGCCUCCCCCGCCGCGCCCGAUUCUUUAGUACUUUGCUGCCAUCGGUUGCUGCGGACACGAAGGAGACUCCGGACGAGAGAUGGACUCGAAAGGGAUCUUAUCUUUUUCAUUGUGAUUUUAGUCAAACCCAUUCAUACCAGUGUUAAUUAUAAGACGAUAGUAUUAUUUGAAAUACUGUAUUAGUGGUUGUAAAGGUAAACUAAUGAAAGGACACGGAGUAUGUUUAGUUGAGAGGUGGAGAUUAGUGUCUGUUACUUUACUGACCUGUUUUGUUUUAUUCUGGUUAUUAUCCAGCACCCUCAAAUGUGUGUGUUGUUUUGUUUGUUUUUACUUUUCCUUCCAUUGUUUUUAUUAAAACUGAAAGAAAUACCAGGUUUGUUUGUUAUGUCUGUAAAAAUUUGUAUUUAAAAGUAAAUCUACCCUAGUGAGGUAGGAUAUAUGAAAAUACUGGUCUGAUAUGUAUCACUACAGUUUUUAAGUAUGUGUAAAAACCGGCCAUUUUAUAAAUUGCAAUUUGAAUUACGUUGUGAUAAUAUGCGUGUCGGAGAUGGCGCUGUAUUCGUGUGUGUGGAUUACGGCAGGCCAACGCAUGUAUGGUUUGAUCAUAGUCCAGACAGAGAAAAUAGUGACAUUUCGAAUCUUAAUUGGAUUUUAUUCCUUAGAUGUUUUAUUUAAAAUUGUACGUAGUAGGCUACUAAUAAUGAACCCAACGAUUCGGUUGUAGUUUCAUAGUGAUCUCUCAAGAGCACGUUCUGUUAUAUGUAAAGAAAUUAAAGCAAAAUCGUUUAUCUUCAUUGAGUAUCAAUUUCUGUUAUUCUAGUCGAUUUUAUGUUGAACGACUUUUUCAAGCAGAAAAGAGAAUUUAAGUACAUGCAAGUAUUCCAGUUACUGUUUCCCACAAUGUUUUGCUUCUGGGAAGGCGGCUGCUUUGCCGCUGCCAGGUGUGCAAUAGCUAAGUCCUAUGUAGCCUAGUGUACAUAAGUGCGUCAUAGACUGUGAUCAGAAUCCACUAGCUCACAUCACCGUGAAAAGAACUCAACCAUUCGUUGAGCGCGUGAGUGAGAAUGAGAGAAUGCGAGAGAGCAUCGGGCCCGUCCUAAUAAACCAUUUGCACUCGACCGUUACAGUUGAAUUGCUACUCCAAGGUCCGCUCUGUUACCACUAUUAUUUUCCCUGCGUUUCACAAGAAAAAAGAGUAAAAUUACUUGCAGUGGUUCAGCGGACGGAUCUGAUCUCUCUGAGUGCCUGUGUAUGUGUGACUUAACGAGUGAAUGUAUCUAUGUGUGUGUGAGUGAGGGAAUGACUGCGAGCGUUCAUGUUGAUGUUUGAGUAUGUGAGUGUGUAAAAUCAUUCGUAGAAAUUCGUCAAUGGUUUUUGCCACUGUAAUACAACCUUAUUAGCCCUCUACGUUCAAUACGUGUAAGAAAAAGUAAUACUCUCAUGUUUGAAAAAUUGAUUUAAAAUGUCAAGUAAGCCAUGUCCUUUUCUAAGUUCGAAGUCAAUUCUUUCUAACCCAGUUUUACAGUCACCUCGUUUAUUUCCAAGGAAAGAGUACAAAUAUAUAAACAGAGGAAGCAACUUCUGGGUGAAAACCAUCAAAACUAUUCUCGAGAGGUGAAAAUUUCCACUUUAAAAUUGAAUAUUUUUAUCUAAACUUGUCUCAUUAAAGAUAUGUCAAAAUGUACAUAUAGCUCUGGCUUACAAUUAAGAAAUGGAUAGCUAUGCCGACAGGUCUUGUAGCUCCUAUUUGGAUGUUCUGUGCGAUAAUUUAGUGUGAAUACCUAGGAAAGCUCAUAAUAAGUCAUUUCUAGUAUUAAAUAAUUUUCACACUAUCAUUCAGUACAGAAAAUUCAUUGCGUACUAGUGCGAUAAAAGCGAUAAUUCUUUAACCACACGCACCUUCUGGAGUGACUGAGGAUAACCCGAUCGCAGCCUGCCAACGUUGCAAAUUUUAAAAAAAUUGUUCAUCGUGACUUAACUACCCUGUACUUAUCGCUUUUAAAUUUGAUCUCGAAAGAUGUAGGUUGCGAUGUAAGUGUUUUGGAGUUAUGUUCAAAUCGAAUCCUUUACGGGAUUUUCUGAAGUGCCAAACUCACUGGAGUGACACACCACUCUUUAUUGAGAAGUUUACGAUCAAUUAUUGCAAGUUGGUGAGCUGAGUGCACACCUCAGUAAACUCAGAGGUCUUGUUAAAACGUAGUCACUUUCUUAAUUUGUACGUAUUUAAUAGAAAUUUUUGUUUCAAGUUUGAGCAAUUUAUUUUACAAUUUGUUUACCGCCCCUUUUCUUUUUUGUUUUCAUCUGUUUAUUGUGCCGUACGUUUAUUUUGUUCUUGUGUUCAUAUAACUACUCUUUCCUAUCCUGAGGUACCAAAAUGUUGCUGUUCAAGGAGUGGAAAUCAGUGUAUAUGGUGUAAAGAAUUUUCGAUGACCUAAGCUUUAAAAUUUACAUUUAUUUUGUACUUGAGUAAAUGUGUAAAGUAUGUAUUUUACUGCUGUUUAAUCCCUCUUUUGUUUGUUCAAAGUACAGUUGACGUUGUGCAUGUAGUUAAGAUUCUUGCUAUUAAAGACGAUAUUAUAAAUGUACUGAAAGUCCUCAAUUGUGCAUAACAAUGUUUAUGAUACCUAUUGCAUUAAAGUAUUGUAGGUAUCCUAAAAGAGUAA